CCACGGUUGCCGUUGCCCAUCCAUCAUCAUCACCAUCAUCAUCAUCAACCUGCAAAUCGACAGCAUCAGCGCUACCUCGACCUUGGGAAGCUUAUCGCAUCAUCAACAAAAAGUCACGCGCGCGUUGACGUAGAUAGCCACCAACGAGCCGACAAGCUUUCGGUAGCCUCGACCCGCCAUCCAUCCAUCCAAUUCUCCACGCGCAAUCACGCGUCGUGUCCCUUUUCUGUCUUUUUUUAUUUUUUAUUUUUUUUCUUGUUUCUUUCCACCUCCCGAUCGGAAUCAGCAUCUGAUUGGAAUCCGACUUCGACCAUCGCGGCAUCCAUCACCCACGGUCCGUUGAUACUAGCUCUAGCUCUCUGACAUCACGUCGCCACCCGCUGCAACCCGGAUUCGUACCAUCACCCACUCCAUCACAUACCAUGUCUGACGACUCCACGACCAACGCGCCGGCUGCUGCGGCCGCGUCGCCAACACCGGCUGCUGAGAAGGAGGUCGUGCCUGCACCUGCGACUACCCAAGCCGGCGAGGCAAAGAAGGAGGAACCUGCCGUUGCCAAUGCCGCCGAGGAGAAGGCGGCCAGUGCUAGUGAGACUGCUGCGCCUGCGCCUAGCGAAGCGCCAGCCGAACAAGAGUCGGACAAGGCUGCCCGAGACACCGAGGACAAGCCCGUCGACAAGUCCGACGACAAGGUCACAGAUAAGCCCGAACAAGACCAAACAGAAAAGUCCGACGUUGAAAUGGCCGAUGCUAGUGCCGCCCAGACUCCCGCUCCCGAGUCGGCAGCGCAAACUCAGCAGACCGACGAUGCCAGUCCUGCUGCUUCCGCAGCCGCCACGUCCAAGAGCAAGUCUUCGAGCAGUCGUCGCAAGUCCGUCGGCGGUGGCUCUAAGCCCAGCAAGAAGGCUGGCAAGACGAAGCAGCUCCAUCUCGAUGCGCAGCCUGGCGACCACUACUACGUCAAGCUGAAGGGCUUCCCCCAAUGGCCAGUUAUCAUCUGCGAUGAGGACAUGCUUCCCCAGUCGCUCAUCAAGUCGCGGCCCGUCUCCGCCAUGCGUCCUGAUGGCACCUACCGCGAAGACUUUGCCGAUGGCGGCAAGAGAGCACACGACCGUACUUAUCCAGUCAUGUAUCUUCACACCAACGAAUUCGGCUGGGUGGUCAACACAGAGCUCAUCGAGCUCGAUCCUGCAGCCAUCAAGGAUAUGAAGAUGGACAAGAUGCGCAAGGACCUUGCAGCUGCGCACCACUUGGCUGCCGAGUCCCACCCCUUGUCUUUCUACAAGGAGGUUCUGCAGCGGUUCCAGGAGGAGCUGAUUGAGCAGGAGAAGGCCAAGGCUGCCAAGGCUGCCGCCACUCCCAAGGGAAAGAAGUCCAAGACCGCUGUCAGCGAGGAUGAGGACGUUGAGAUGGCCGAUGCGAGCGACGAGCAGCCCCAGACCGACAAGAAGAAGGCAAAGAAGAGAAAGGCAGAAGAGCCGGUAGAGGAAACUCCUCAGCGGUCAGAGUCGGUCAAGAAGCCCAAGAUAAAGUUGACAACUAAUUCGACCGCCAAGACCGCCAACGGUGCCGCGGCCACCCCCAAGACUGCUAAGCCCGCAGCGGAAGCGAAGGCCUCGAAGGCUAAGCCGGCCAAGAAGACUAAGGAGACGGAGGAGAAGAAGGGCGAGAAGGAAGCCGCUACUCCCAAGGAGCAAGAAUUGACGCCCGAGGAGAAACAUACUCGCAAGGAGCGUGAGGUGUUGUUCCUCCGUCAUAAGCUUCAAAAGGGCCUGCUCACCAGAGACCAGGAACCCAAGCCCGAAGAGAUGAAGGUCAUGUCUGAGUUCUUGACCAAGCUGGAAGCGUUCCCAGAUCUUGAAGUCAGCAUCAUCAGGGCCACGAAGAUCAACAAGGUGCUCAAGGCUAUUCUUAAGCUCGAGAACAUCCCCAAGGAAGAGGAGUUCAAGUUUAAGCCUCGCUCGCAAACACUGUUGGACAAAUGGAACAAGCUCCUUGCCGGCGAAGCUGCCUCCGCGUCCGCCCCCUCAGCUGAUAAGGAGGCUACCACUAAUGGCGUCAACGGCAAGGCGAAGGAGGCCGAGAAGGAGGCCAAGGAGAACGGCAGCAAGACCAACGGCGCCAAGGGCAAGAACGAAGAGCCGGUCACAUCUGACAAGGCUGAGGAGGCCCCCAAGGACAAGGAUGGCGACUCCAAGAUGGAGGAGGCCGAUGCGAAGGCCGAGGAGAAGGCCGAGAAGAAGGACAUGGAGGAGAAGACCGAGAAGAAGGAUGCGGAGGAGAAGACUGAGAAGGCAGAGACCGAAGAGACAAAGCCUUCUGAGACGGCUGAGGCUGCUGCCUGAGGAGGGUACGGGCUCAGUACUCCCGAGCAGCCUGUACAUCUUGGGUUGAGAGGGCAGCCGAUUUCAUGUCGCCAGUGCCGAACGAGCAAGCGAAAGUGUGUCCGGCCACCCUCCAAUAGCGGUCGGUGCGAUCGCUGUAUACAAAACUCUCUCGAGUGUCUCCCGUGUUCCUGACGAAUACGUAAAGGCCAGGAAACAGACAAGUUUUGUGUUUGUCUGCGUCCGAAUUGACGAUCAGGACUUGUGUGGAACUGUUUAAUAGUCGCCGCUUUGAAUAUGCUAUUAAGUGGAAGGCUCUAGGAAAUACGGAAAUCCUCAGAAGGCGAAAUAGUGGCGCAUUGAUGUUCCUUUUCUUGGACUUAGAUAUGGAAGUGCCGAAUGAGGAUUUCGGUCACAGUUAUGUGGAAGGGAGAGAGUCAGCGAAAGAAAGAAGAUGUUUCUGUAUAACUAGUUUGGUGGUGGUUUUGCAUUUCCUUCCUCCCUUUUUGAUUCCGUUUGGUGUCUAUCUGUCCAUCCGUUCGUCUUUUGGUCUCUCGCGCAACAUAUUCAUAUUCCACCAUUGGUCAUCAAAUCACUAUCUAAGGGUGUUAUUGUUUUGCUGUUGUUCUUGUGGGGUUUGUUGGCUUUUACGAGAUACAUGCAUGCCUUUUCCUAGGUAUUCAGGCCGUACAGGAUUCUUCCUCAGGGUUUCAUCCGUCUUGUUGUUACAAGUAUCUGGAAACACGAAGAUCAGCGAAGGGGAUUCCAAAGGGGGGAAGGAAAAGCCAAGUUAUCUCAACGAGGUGGAUUGGAAGAAGAGAACGCCGAAAUAAUGAGUAUAAACAGGCACUACAACGAUCAUGAUGAUUUGGUUAUU